UCAGCAUUUUGAAAACACCAUUCCUUGAACGCGGUAACACCAGAUCUCCACCAGGAACUUUUUAAAGAAAUCAGCGCCCAGAUGUUUUACUCCCUCGUAUUUUGGUUUUUGCAAGGACUUUUUGCUAGAGAUCAAGGCGUUCUAGGAUCAUCAAAUGUCUCAUUUGAACAUCAAGUCCGCAGCGUCCUUCUGAGCGACUAUGACAAGAAUGUCCGGCCAGUGUUAGGAAAAAAACCCGUGGAAGUGGCGUUUGGUAUGAAGAUCAGCAGACUCGUAAAAGUGGACACAAAAGAGCAGAUUGUAAUUUUAGACACUUGGGUGGUACAGAAAUGGAAAAAUGAAUUUCUCGUAUGGGACUCGAAAGCCUUUGGAGAUGUAACUCGCGUGCAGUUUCUUCCGAGUGAGAUCUGGGUUCCAGAUAUUUCCCUUUACAACAACGGAGACGAUAGUAUCACCCUGGCUGGAGGAAGAACGAAAUUUGUCACUGAGGUUUCUGUGGACAACGAUGGGAACUGUGUGUGGAGUGGACCUGCUACAUUCAAAGCGAACUGUGAUUUACAAAUCAUCAGCUGGCCGUUUGACAACCAGACAUGUGAAUUGGGGUUUGGUUCAUACACAUACGGAGAAAAUAGACUGGAUAUUAAACUUUUUGAGGACAAAAGUGGAGAAUACACUAGUGAGUAUCAGUUAAUGCUCAGAUGGUGUAACAAAACUUCGCGUAUACAAAUUUUCAACUCUUCAAGACGACUUAACCCGACAACUUCUCGAUAAAUACAUCCGAGCAUCAAAGAAACUUCGUAUCCGAAAGAACCCUGAGGUUUCUUUUCAGGUUACGACUCAACACACGUCCCGUGAUAUUCACGGAAUCUGAUGAAAUGACACAUACGUUACAUUUCGUGACGUACUUUACUACAAGCGUUACAUUUCGAGAAAUUCUAUAGGGUCUUUCGAAGAUAAUUUUGUAUCAACUAAUGAUCCCC